AUGAUCGUCGGCUCGUCACUACGACCGGUUCGUUCCGAUACAACAACGCAACGUCGCACUAUAUCCACUGUGAAUGAGGUGAUUCUCAACCUCCUCCGGCUGGGUACCCAGCGCGCGCCUUCACCAUCUUCGGGCGAGAACAAUGGUUUCGAUAUGGUCGAAUGGAGAGAAAGUCGCAACAUUCUGGAAUGUUCGUCUUUAGCUGAAAAUCAGAUCAGUCUUAACAACGAUGGCGAACAAUCUGCUACAAACCAACUAACGACCAUCGUUCGUCUUCAACGUGGACCGUGCGCACGUGCGUGGAUUGGAUUUUGUGAUGGAUCAGCUUCUCACGGCAAGGAUGGAUCCGUACGCAAUUUUUUCCUGGUACUGCUUCCAUAUGUACGUUUAGAGUUGCUGCUUCUCAUUAUUAAUAUUCUCAUUCGUGCUCGUGCCGGCAAAUCGUGCGCAUCGCAUCGCGUUGAAGGUCAGGAUUAG